CACAGGAGGUCUCACACAGGGGAGAAACCUUACAAGUGCACCAUCUGUCCAUACGCAUGUGCGCAGUCCAGCAAACUGACCAGGCACAUGAAGACCCAUGGUAACCUCACUGCUAAUGGCGUUACCGGGACUCUCUACAGGUUGUUGUUGUUAUUAUUAUUAUUAUUAUUACUAUUGCUAUUAUUGUUGUUAUAA